AUGUUACGCAAAAAAACUAGAAAUCACGGAGAUGCUUCUAAGAGACAAUCCAUGUUUAUGGAAACUAUGGUUAAUUCCUUUAGUUUACAUCAGGAUAAACCCACUAAUAGUAAUAGACCCUUAGAUUAUAUUUCAGACCCAAUUCCAAUGGAGAGUACCACCAGAGUUCCUGUUAGAUUAUCCAGAAGAGAAUACUCAUUAAGAUCCUCGGAAACGAAAGUCAAAGCAUUAAAAAGAAGUAGUAUGAUGCUCGAUGGUAAUAUCAUAAGAGAUUAUAAUCUUGCAGUUAAAGGAAUGAAUGAUGAACAAAAUACAACGAGAAGUAAUUCGGAAAGUAGUAUAACAUCAAAUCAAAGUAGCAUAUCAUCACUUUUUUCCAAUGGUAAUUCUAAUAAUUUACGCGAUUUAUUAUAUGAAGAAUUGGAUACAGUUCAAAUGGCAAACGAUAAUAACAGUAGUAAAAAUGAUACAUUAUGUGUAGAACCGUUACAAGGUACAAAAGCAUUAUUUAUGAUUAAGGAUAAUAUGAGAGAUAAUGGAUCGUGGCUGGACCCACAAGAAAUUGGAAUUAACGUAUUCUCUAAUGAAACUACACCUGAACUAAACCGUUCAAACAACAAGAAAUUUUCUAGAACUGUUCUAGACUUUAUUUAA